AUGUAUCAUUAUAUUGAGGAUUUAGUUCCUGAAGAUGGGCAUCCUUCAUAUUUACAACUAUAUUUCUUCGAUACGGAGCACGAGUUAGAAAAUUGUAUUCAUGACGCAGAAAGAUUAGAUCCUUCUAUCAUUGCUAGAUUAAUGGAUAUACUUGAGGUUAAUCCAUACUGUCGCUUCUUUAGAACCCUCAGCAACAUUUCAAGUCUUGAAAAUCAUACAAUUCGUAUAAGAUCAGAUAUUGAUUUAGACCAACGUGUUUACAAUGCUCCGUCGGUAUCGCAAGUAGCAGCUAUAUGGACAAAAACUGACAACUGUACAGAACAAAAAGGUCGAGACAUUAUUGUUUUUAACGAAGCAGGAGGCAGUCAUAUUGUUCAAGGUCCAAGAGAUAUGCAGAAGAGAUAUAUGGAAGCAAUGACAUUAGUUCAACGUUUUGACAAGCCUGAUAUAUUUCUAACCAUGACAUUUAAAGCUGUUAAAUAUUUAUACAAGUAUAUUUAUAAAGGAUAUGAUCGUGUUGCUUUCAAUAUCAUUAGCAAAGAAAAUAACCAACAAAUUGACGAAAUCGAACAAUUUCAAUCAGGAAAAUGGAUUACUCCGCCUGAAGCAAUGUGGAGAAUAUACGAUUUCACGCUUAACGAAAUAUAUCCAUCAGUUUAUAGUUUGCACCUACACCUAGAAGAUCAACAUUUGGUGUCUUUUCAUGCACACGAAGAUCUAAACAAUGUGUUAAACUCGUAUACAUCCAAAAAAUCGAUGUUGUCAGAAUUCUUUUAUAGAAACCAAAUUGACGAGAAUGCACGAAAAUUGUUGUAUAGAGAAUUUCCUGAAAAAUUUGUUUGGGAUUCACAAUGUAGAAUUUGGACUCCGAGGAAAAAAAAAACUGUUAUAGGCCGAAUUGUUACAGCCAAUCCAUUUGAAGGUGAAAGAUAUUAUCUACGGAUGUUAUUGAAUCAUAUCAGAGGAGUAACGUCAUUUGAGAAAUUAAGAACAGUUAAUGGUGUUGUACUACCAAUGUAUCGUGAAGCAGCUACUUCUCAUGGUUUGUUAAACAAAGCUAGUAGCUUAGAAGAUUGUUUAGAAGAAGCUUGUCUAAAUCAGAUACCAAGUAGUUUAAGACACCUUUUCUCAACAAUUUUGGUGUAUUGCAAUCCUACGAACCCAAAAAAACUUUGGGAGCGAUUUGAAAAAGAAAUGUAUACAGAUUUUCUUAUAAGAAACGUGUCGUCAACAGUUGUUAGGAAGAUGGUUCUACAAGAUAUUGCUUCCACACUAGAAUCUAUGGGAAAAGAUAUAAAUAUGUAUCGUUUUGUUCCUGUCGAUAUAUUUUACGGUCAAGAUGAAUUUACAAAUGAGAAAUUGACGACGAACGAGUAG